CAGAUUAUCAUCAUUAUCGACAGAUUAUUGGAUGAAAACAACAACAACGAGAGCAACAACGAGGACGAUGGCCACCACCAAUAAUAAUAAUAAUAUCAUCAAAUUAUUCAUUAUAAUGAUGAUUACAAAUAUCUCAUUUAUAAAUUGUUAUAAAAUUAAUAAUAAUGAUCAAGAUUAUAUAAUCAAUAAUAAUAUGAUUGAAGAGGAGCCAAUAUCAUUGAAUAGUAUUGAACAGGCAAAUGCUGCAUUUCGUUGUCAAAGUGAUGGUUAUUUUGCCGAUGUUGCUUAUGGAUGCCAAUUUUAUCAUGUAUGUGAAAAUGCCAACAAUCCAUUCGAUAAACCGUCAUUUGUAAAGCAUACAUUUUCCUGUGUAAAUGGUACUGUAUUCAAUCAAAUGUCAUUCACAUGUACACGAUUGGAUGAUUCAAUACCAUGUGAAAAAUCACCUGCAUAUUUUUACCUCAAUAAACGUAAUGGUGAUCCAAAAGCAUUUUUUCUUACCGAUGAUGAUAUAUUUAAACCAAGCCAAUCACCAGUAUCAUCAUCACCAUAUGAUCAUUAUCAACGACAAGAGCAACCAAAAACAUCAUUAACACCUGUAAUGAUUACACAAUCAACACCGUUACCGUUACCAACACCAUCAACACCACCGUCAUAUCAACAACAAUCAACAUUAACAACAUUAUUAUUCAACCAUGAAUCACCGCAAUCAUCGCUACCAUCAACAGCACUACCACAAUCAUUAUCAUCAUUAUUAACCGAAAAUCAAAUUCAUCGAACCCGAAAACCAAUUCAAAGUAAUGAUGAUGAUGAUGAUUAUCAUGAUUAUCAUCAUCAUAAUCAUAAAAUUGAAAUUUCCAACGAUGAUAAUCAUCAUCAUCGUCGUCCAAAGCACCAGCAACUGGAUCGAAAUGAACGUCGUAAUCGCUUAAUAUCAUCCAUGAUUAAUAGUGAUCAAAACCUUGAUGAUCAUUUAAUAAAAUUUGAUGAUAUUUAUCGUCGUAAUUAUCAUCAUCAACAACAACAACAACAGCAUCCAAACGAUUCAACAACAACAACAGCAAAAAUUCAUUAUCGACGACAACAGCAGCAACAGCAACAACAAAUUCCACGUGCACCACCAUAUGAACUGGAUCAUCAUCAUCAUCAACAACAACCAAAAACCUAUAUAACCAAUGUUGAUAAUGAUGAUGGUAGUACGACGACGACAACGACAACAACAACAACAUCCUUCUUGAAUAAUAAUAAAUAUCAUCCGAAACCAAAAACAUCGACGCCGACAUCGACAUCAUAUCAACUGGAUGAUAAUAUAAAUUAUGUUCCAUUGCGAACAAAUUCACCAUCGACCAUCAGUCAUCAUUCGCAUCAGGAUUUAAUGAAAACAGCAUAUCGAACAUCAUCUAAAUCGCCUGAACCAACAUCAAAAUAUUCACAGAUUUUAAAAAAUUAUACACCAUUAUCAUCGAAUAUUGAAACAUCAACAAAUCGGCCAUUAUUGUUGGAUAUUAUUGAUCAACCGCAGCAGCCGCAAUCGCAUCAACAAACACCGAUUGGCAUACGUAAAACGCAUCUACCAUUUACACCGGCUACAUUUUCACAGAUUUAUAUUGAAAAUCAAAAACAAUCAAAAUUAGAAUCAUCAAUACCAUCAACAUAUUUACGUUUAGUUGAACAAAGACAACAAAAACAACAGCAACAGCAACGAAAACCAACAUUAAAAGCAUUUAAUCAUGUAAAUGAACAGUUAAUAUCGUUGACACCACCACCAUCGCCAUUGAAUAAAAGUAUUGAUCAUUAUUCAACAACUGGAUCAAGUAAUCAUCAUGGUUCAAUAUUAUCACCAACAUCAUCACCAUUAACAAAAUAUGAACAAUUAAUAGCACAAAGUUUAGCAAAAAAUCAUAAUAAUGGACGUCGUAGUAAAUCAACAAAACAAAUUGCACCAAAUCAUUAUGUUACGAUUGAAUCACCAAUCAAUAUUUUAGAUACAACACAAGAAAUUUCACGAUCAUCAUCAUUGAAUGGUAAAGAUUCAUCAACAGGUAGAACAAUACUUGAUGAUGAUGAUCAACAACAACAACAACCAGUAAAGAUUUCUUUUGUCACCGAUAAUAAUAAUAACAAUAAUAAUCAAGGAAAUUUAAAAAAUCAUCGAUUAUUAUCAUCAACAACAAUAGCUAAUAAUAAUAAUGAUAAUAAUGAACAAAAUCAACAAUCAACAUCAUUUGUUGAUUAUGGUACAACAAAUUAUAAAGUAGUUAAACAAAUAAAAGGUAAAAAUUUACUAAUAGAUCCAUCAUUAGAAAAUGAUCCGGAACGUGAUAAUAUUAUUGCACAGGUAUUAGAAAUGUUAAGUAAAUAUAAUUAAACAAAACCAAAACAAAAUGAAUAAAAACUAGCCGGAAACAAAAUA